AUGCAUCGCGGAAAGUUUGAAAUGAUGCAAAAACAUUGGCUUGAACAUCCAGGUGAUAUUAGAAUUAAAGGCGAUGUACGUGUGAUUUUCAAGGAAAAGUUCUUGAUUAGCAAAGGAAGUGGUGGAACCUUGGUUUAUCUUGGUUUGGGAAAGGAUGGUUAUGGAAAAGCUGUAAAACGAAUCCUUAAAUAUAGCUGUAUCCAUAUUGCUCUACGAGAAAAGAAUGUUUUGAAUGAGCCAAACGCAAAGAAGUCGAAGCAUGUUGUAAAGUAUUUGAACUUCAUAGAAGAGGAAGGAGAAGAUUUUGUCUAUUUGAUAUCAGACUUGUGCGAACAAACUUUGACAAGUUUUGUUGAGUCUACUAGUUUAGAUAAACUUCACGAAGCCCUUCCCGAAAUCCUUAAGCAAAUUUUAAAUGGAUUAUCUGAUCUUCAUAGUGGCCCAAGUUCUAUUCUUCAUCGGGAUUUAAAGCCUUCUAAUGUUCUUCAAGACGUGGAAGGUAAAUUUAUGAUAGCUGACUUUGGCAUUAGUCGAAUAUUGAAAAGUGGCGAUUACUCAACAUAUCAAAGCAGUCCUGGUACAGGCAGUUAUGGUUGGUCCGCUCCUGAAUCCUUGGGUAGUGGACGUUACAAGAAAGAGUCUGAUAUAAUGGUAGAUAUGUUCGUUAAAAAAUAUAUAGCUAUUGCUCAGUUCUGCAAAUAA